ACUUUCAAAACGUGGCUCAAAUUCGGUACCCGUACCGCCAAAUGUUGGUUCCCGUUUUCCACGCGGAGAUGGGGCCAGAGACAGACGCAAAGGGCACUGAAGGACUCUGAGAAGGAACAAUCUGAAAUCGUCUGAUCGAAGCGAUCAAAAUUCACGAGUUGGAAAACAGGAAGAGGCUUUGAGCUGAGGAGCGAUGAUCUCUCAGUUCUUCAUUCUAUCGCAGAGAGGCGACAGCAUCGUCUUCCGCGACUAUCGCGGUGAAGUACCGAAGGGAAGCGCGGAGAUUUUCUUCCGCAAAGUGAAAUUUUGGAAGGACGAUGGGGAAGGGGAUGCGCCACCUGUCUUUAAUGCGGAUGGUGUAAACUACUUUCACGUGAAGGAUGCUGGGUUGCUAUUUGUUGCGACAACAAGAGUGAAUGUGUCACCCUCUCUUGUUUUGGAACUUCUGCGAAGGAUUGCAAGAGUCGUUAAAGAUUACCUUGGGGUUCUUAGUGAAGAUGCAUUGCGAAAAAACUUUGUGCUUGUGUAUGAGUUGCUCGACCAAAUUAUUGACUUUGGUUAUGUGCAGACAACUUCGACUGAGGUUUUGAAGUCAUAUGUGUUCAAUGAGCCUGUUGUGGUUGAUUCUUCACAGUUAGGCCCUGCUGGAAUAUUUAUGGCCAAAAGAAUGCCAGUGACAACAAUUACAAAAUCUGUUGUAGCAAAUGAGCGUGGGGGAAGGAAAAGAGAGGAAAUUUUUGUUGACAUAAUCGAGAAAAUGAGUGUUACAUUCAGUUCCAGUGGAUAUAUACUUACUUCUGAGAUUGAUGGUACCAUCCAAUUGAAAAGUUAUCUUACAGGCAACCCAGAAAUUCGACUUGCUCUUAAUGAGGAAGUGGGUAUUGGAAGAGGUGGAGAAUCAAUUUAUGAUUAUGGUAGUUCACUUGGAUCAGGAGCUGUUAUACUGGACGAUUGUAAUUUCCAUGAAUCUGUUCAUCUUGAUAGUUUCGAUGUUGACAGAACACUGACAUUGGUACCAACAGAUGGUGAAUUUCCUGUCAUGAAUUACCGCAUCACUCAGGAAUUCAAGCCUCCCUUUUGUAUUAAUGCGCUAAUUGAAGAAGCAGGACCAUUUAAGGCCGAAGUUACUAUUAAAGUGCGUGCUGAUUUCCCCUCGAGCAUUAUUGCAGAUAAAAUUCUUGUGCAGAUUCCGCUGCCAACAUAUACAACUAGAGUUAGUUUUGAGUUGGAACCUGGAGCAGUUGGAAACACAACUGAUUUUACUGAAGCAAACAAGAGAAUGGAGUGGGGUUUAAAGAAGAUUGUAGGUGGAUCUGAACAUACUUUACAUGCAAAGCUGACAUUUUCACAGGAAUCACAUGGAAAUAUUACCAAGGAAGCUGGACCUGUGAGCAUGACCUUCACAAUACCCAUGUUUAACGCUUCAAGACUUCAGGUGAAAUACUUGCAUAUAACAAAGAAGUCGAAGAGCUACAAUCCAUAUCGAUGGGUGAGAUAUGUCACACACUCAAAUUCCUAUGUUGCCCGGUUGUAAUAUCUCAUCACCCUAUUUUGUUUUUCCGUUUUUCCUUCUCUCUCUCUCUCUCUCUCUCCCCCUCUACGUGUGUUUCUUGCUUCUUUUUUACCUUUACCCACCCAGAAUGAAUGCAGUUAAACAAAAAUGGAGUUAGUUUCUUAUUACCAAAUCAGAUUUUAUCUUUGUCCUGUGUACCAUCAUGAUGACCCACUAAAGGGGAACACAUAGACUUGCCCAUGAUGCUUGAGAGAAUACCAGACUAGUAAAACUGACUGGAGUUCUUUGUGUUUGACA